UAUUAUCCAAUCGAGUUCAAGCAAGAUUCUUGGAACAAAUCAACAAUGUCUGCGCACGAUUGUCCUCUAGAAAUGCUGCAUUUAACAGCAUUCUUCUGAAAAAGAAAAGUGUCUCACAGUUGAUGCAGAAUGGGGAAAACAUUAUUCCAGAAAUAUUACAGGAAAUUUCAGAAAGCCUUCCGUUCGUCCUUGACCUGUUCUGCACAAUGGCAAUAGCUGGGAAAAACCCAUCGGCCAAUAAGAUUGCCCCGAUUGUUGCUGCCUAUGCCAUCCUCAUGAAUGCCAGGAAUGAGAAGUUGUCAGCGUGGCACAGACUCACAACAGUUGUAUCCAUCAAAGGGCACUUGGAUGACUCGGCACUAACACUUUUCAACCGCAUGGGGCUGACAAUGUCGACAUCAUCCAAACUGUGUCUACUGGAUGAAGCUGGUGAAAUGCUGAAAGACAACAUCGCCAGAAGUCUAAGAAAAAACCCACUUGUCAAAAUCAUGGGUGACAAUUUGGACAUCUAUGUCAGAACAGGACAUCAUUCACUGGACAGACACAACAAGGACCUCCACAUGUUUGCCUAAAAUAUCAUCUUCAGCAGGAUUGCACAACUAGGAUCGUUCAGCACUAGUUUCACCAUGCCAUCACUUGGAACACUUUUUCCAGAGAAGUUCUUUCCCAAUGGUCACCACAGAGACACUUUGACAAACACCUACUUUGUAUUGUUAGGUAAAAU